AUGCCUAACAACUCAACUACUGUUAUGAAAGGAAAUGAAACUGAAAGACCUGAACACUUGCGUGACCCAAAUAUCAAGUAUAUGUCCAGCGCUGAUACUAAAGUGUUCGGCCAUAACGACGGUGGACCUUCUAAACAGGCAGAGAAACCUAAACGAAGAAAAGUAGUUUUGAUGGCAGACAGUCAUGGUCGUGGAUUUGCUCGCCUUCUGAACGGUCAGUCCAGUUUACAAACAAUCACUUACAUAAAUCCUGGUGCUUCUAUGUUGGAAGUUUGCAAUCAUGUACGAUCCACAGACGUUGCUGACUUAUCCUCUGAAGACUUUGUUGUGCUAAUUGACCCAGCUCUAACACCAGCAGCAAUAUUAUCAACAGCAGGUGCAGCAGCUGAACAACUACCAGGAGAGCCAGACACAGAAGAAAAUUCUGCUGCAGAUGAUAAUAGAAGAAUAGGUGCUGUUGGGAAAAGAAAAGCAGUACUUCCAGCACACCUGAAUGAUUUUUUAUUGACAAGGAGCCCUGAUGGGAACUUAAAUGAUUUCUGUCACCAACUAGAAGCAGCUUUAAAUACUAUAAAAAACUUCAACAAAACAGUGAUCAUAUGUGGAGAUUUUAAUAUUGAUUUUCAAGAAAUCUCAAAAGACCAGCAAAGCUUGAUGACCCUACUGGAAACAUAUAACAUAAAAGCCACCAUAGACUCUCCUACAAGAGUUACACCAACAACUAGCUCAACAAUUGAUCAGAUAUUAAUAAACAAAAAUGUAAAUCACAAUUUCUGUGCCGGAAAUCUUAAUACUGGCUUCAGUGAUCACUAUGCACAGUUUAUUGCUUUGCACACCCCAAGUGAAACAACUGAGAAAGAGGAACUUGUAAAAGAAGCAAGGAAAUUCACUAACAAACAAAUAAACCUUUUUGUACAGAGACUAAGUGAAGAAACUUGGUAUGAAGUGUAUACUUGUGAAAAUACUAACAAAAAGUUUGAAAAAUUCAUGGAAAUCUUCAUGUCAUACUUUGAAGCUGCAUUUCCAUUAAAAAAGCAAAAAUGUCAACCUAACUUCAAAAAGAACAAAUGGAUUACAAUAGGUAUUACAAUAUCUUGUGAAGAGAAAAGAAGAUUACACGAGUACCUGAAGAAUUACAAGAGGAUCCUCAAAAAUGUUGUAAGGAAAGCUAAAACAAUGGCAAAUGACAAAUACAUUGAAAACUCAAAAAAAAAAAAAUCUAAAGCUAUAUGGGAAGUUAUAAAAAAUCAAACAACAAGUGAAACUAAACAAUAUAAAAAUGUGAACUUAUGUUAUGAAGGACAAAUGAUUUCUUGCCCAACAGAAAUUGCAGGGACCUUCAACAAAUAUUUUGCAAAUGCAAGUGAACAGUUGAAUAAGUGUAAGAACCGAGUGGGUGCACCAACAGCUUUAGACAGGGAAGAGGAGCAAAUAAUUGUUGAAGGUUUAUUGAUAGCUCUGGGAACUGCUGUUAAUUCCUAUGCCCUUACCAUCAUUCAAGCACUCGAUAUGUUCCAGCCCCACCACAACACUCUGGUUGUGUGCACAGUUGCUGAAUAUGAUCCCACGUGGCUCAUCUUGCUUGCCACUGCUGCCUGCCUUGUGGAGCUCACGCCCAUUGUCCCACCAGCAGCUGAUUUUAGGUCCUGCUCCUAUCAGUUGACGUGUGAGCUGCUGCUGGGUGAUACUGAUGCUUCUAGUGGAGCCCACUGGAAUCUGGAGCAAUGUGUUGCUGUGUACACAAAUCAGCAGCUUGCUUUUGUGGUCUGCCAAUAUUUAGUAAGCACACAAUGUGUUCAGGCACGUUUGGGUGCUUUGGUGGACAAAGCCACAAGAAGUUACCUCAGCAGCUUUCUACAGAACACUCUGAAAUCAAAUCAAGUGGAGAUCAACACUGAUAAUAGGACUCUGCGACCAGUUGCGAAGUUGAAGGAACCACGUGAUCUGUUUGCCUUGCCUAAAGAAUUAGACUGUCCACAGCAAGCUGCUCGCUGGCCAACUGAAUGUCAGGUAUUAGAGGAAAGAGUACAGCAUAUUGAAUACGUACCUGCAAUGCCGGAACAAUAUUAUCAGCCUACAGGAAGGGAAGUACAACCAAAACCUAUUGGAGAAGAGUCUGGCACAGUUGUCUUUCAAUACUACCCCAUGAGUGCUGUCAAUUAUUUUAGCCGCUCUAGUGUUGGAGGUAGCAAAUACUUUAUGGAUGCAAGUCCUGUUGAGAAUCCAGAUGAACUACGAUUUGAGUCUCGUUUCGAAUCAGGUAAUUUAGCAAAAGUGGUGAAGAUUACAGACACUUACUAUGAGCUCUAUCUUCGUACUGACCUGUAUACCAAUAGACACAUGCAAUGGUUCUACUUCAGAAUAGAGAAUACACGAUCCUGCAUAAUGUACAGGUUCUCAAUAGUAAAUCUUUCAAAAGCAGAUAGUCUUUAUAGUGCAGGCAUGAAACCUCUCAUGUAUUCUACAAAAGAUGCUCAAUUAAACGGCACUGGUUGGAGACGAUUUGGUGACAACAUCACUUAUUUCAGGAAUGAUCCAGUAAAUGGGGAAGAAGAUCAGGCUCCUACAUACACACUAACAUUCACAACAGAAUUUCCUUAUGACAAUGACCUAGUUUAUAUGGCACACUGCUACCCAUAUACAUACUCCGAUCUGCAGGACUAUUUAAUCAGACUCCAGAAUCAUCCAAUAAAGUCAACAUACAGCAAACUUAGGUUAUUGUGCCGAUCCCUGGCUGGAAAUAAUGUUUAUUACUUAACCAUUACAGCACCAUCUUAUGGGGAAGACUCAAAGAAGAAAGCAAUUGUAGUAACUGCACGUGUUCAUCCUGGUGAGACUCCUUCAUCGUGGAUGAUGAAAGGAUUCAUGGACUUUUUGACAGGCGAUAGUGGACAAGCAAAGGAGCUUAGGGAAAAAUUUAUUUUUAAACUGGUGCCGAUGUUGAAUCCUGAUGGAGUGAUUGUUGGGAACAAUAGGUGUUCACUUACUGGGCGUGACUUAAAUCGUCAAUACAGGACUGUGAUUAGAGAAACAUACCCACCAGUAUGGCACACAAAAUUAAUGAUAAGACGACUGAUUGAGGAAUGUGGAAUUGAAAUGUACUGUGAUCUUCAUGCACACUCACGAAAGCACAAUGUAUUUAUGUAUGGAUGUGAAAGCAGACGCAUUGGGGACAGAAGGCUGCAAGAACAAGUGUUCCCUCUGAUGUUGCAUAAGAAUGCUGCUGAUAAGUUCUCAUUUGAGAACUGUAAGUUUCGUAUUCAAAGGUCAAAGGAAGGAACAGGUCGUGUAGUUGUGUGGAUGAUGGGAGUUACUAAUAGCUAUACAAUGGAGGCAUCAUUUGGUGGUUCAACUCUUGGAAGCCGUACUGAUACUCACUUCCACAGUCAAGAUUAUGAACAGAUGGGUCGUUACUUUUGUGAGACAUUGUUGGAUUUUUGUGACCAGGAACCAAGCAAGAUUGUUAAUGCUGUGAAAAAGGAACGUCUCAGGGUUAAAAUUGUAACACGCCUUAUGAAGGAAGGUUCCAGUGCCGAUGAGCCAACUAACAUCACACUCUCAGAUUACUCAAGUGAUGAGGGUGAUACAAGCAGUUGUUCUGAGGAUGAAAUGAUGCAUUACAAACAAGAACUCACAGAUGAGUGCUAUCAGUCAUUGUCAGUACCACCUCCAUCUCCUGUCCUUCCUCACCGAGAGCAUCACAAAACAGCAAACAAAGAAAGAUCAGUUCCUGAGAAAACAACUCCUUCACCUCAAAGAAAAGUACUUCAGGUUCAUAAGACUGUUAUUGAUCUAUCAGCAGGUGAUACUGGAAGCGACUACUGUGAGCCUCCAACUGACAUGGAUUCUGGUGAGGAAAGCUCACCAUGUCACCGAUCUAGCAACAAAAACAAAAGCUCUUCAGAUAUUAAGUUUGUCAAAUAUGGGGAAAGACUUGAUAUGCCUCCAGAACUAAUUGUAACUCCUGCACAGUUUCAGAUAAGUGAGACACCUAUGGCCAUGGACAUCACAGAGAGAUUAACUGUAACUGAAGAACAGCAAUUUGUGGAAAAAAGAAUCCAUACCUACAACUGGUACCAUGCACGUUGCCCACCACUUUCUAGGGCAACUGCUGCUCCAGGCUAUUGGCAAAAUACAGUAGGUGACCUUGCCAGUGAGGUGCAAGUGAAACUUGGUACAACACUGCGCCAGAAGCUCUGGACAGCUCUACCAUGCAGUUGUCAUGGGACUCUCGAUACUCAUUGGAGUGGUCAUCUCUCAGCUCAUGACAUGCUGCUUCGUUCCUGUUCAAAGAAGUUGGUUGCAUUACAAAGAACUGGUGGAAUAUCAUUUGAUACAUCUAGGAAUGUCACUUCUGCUUCUCAUCAACAACAUAAUGUGCAGUCAACAGAUGCAGACAGCAGGGGUCACACAAGUCUCAAGUGGAAAAGAUACCGUAAACUUACAGAAAUUCCAACUUCAGAUAUCACUAUACAGCUCACACAACAAGCUUUGCAAUCUGGCUCUGAUACAGAACCUGGACCUUCACACCAAGCUGAUACUGCCAAAAAGAAAAAAAAGAAACGUAAAACUACACAUUCCAGGAAAGGGAGACGUCUACAGUCAGCCAGUGGUCAUUGCUCACCAAAGAAAAUCACAAAAUCUUGAUAAAAAACUGAACAUCUUGAAGCAUUUAUCAGCAUAAAUUACUUGAAUAAAAUAGUGCCAAACUGACUGAACUGCUAUGCACAUAUCAUAUAUUUAUGUUUCUAAGUAUAUCAUACUUUGGUAUUCCCUACCUCCAAGUGUGGAAAUAGA